AUGGCUGGGGCACGUGAAGUCUCUAGAGGGAAAGGCGCUACUACAGCACACGCGACGGAUACUGAGGCCUCGUCCCAACGUCCCCGAAAGAGAAGUCGAUACACGCCCCAUGCGUGUGAAAAAUGUAAAGCCGCGAAAGUGAGAUGUGAUGGCCGCCUUCCUUGCAAACACUGUGCCUCUCGAGACGCCACUUGCCUGUACAGUGCUCAGGCGCCUCCAAACUUCCAGGUCCACGAGCAUCGACCAGAGGAUGACGAGCGCAAAUUUGAAACAGAGGUCUCAACGCUCCUCCGACAACAGAACGACAAGUUGGAUCUCUUGAUCAAAAAGACGGCAGCGAUUGAAGCAGCCUAUGAAGCGGCCGAAACUCGUCUUGCAAAGGCCGACGCUGGACUAUCGGCUCAAAAACAUCCUUUGCCCCUCUUCCAAACAUCAACCAGUGCUUUCUUUUGCAUCAACGUCAUUGACGCAGGUGUCAGAAAACUUGGACUUGACUUGUCACAAGCGCAAAACAUGGCAGAUGAGUCUACUGCUACGCAAACACGUACAUCCUUGUCCAUUAUCCACGGUGAGGUGUUCGACGGUGAAUCAAGUGACAUCAGCCGAAGUGAAAUUGAGCAUGUUGCAAAAUCAAUUUCAGACGCGAGCUCAAGGAGUCAAGGUGCUUCUGCACCUGCUCGAUCGAUAGAUCCGAUCGACGAGACGGACCGCAACCUUCUUUGGCAGGGAGUACAAGCCUUUCACAAUCUGGAAUGGGUCAUGUAUCCUAUCCUGGACAUCUCCGACCUCGAGGAGAUCAUAAAUGACCGCUUAGAAACCAACAGCGGGCUUUCAAGCCGUGCAAGGGCAUAUGCCUUUGGCAAGGGGGACUUGGCCAUCCUGAAAAUGGUGGUCGCAAUUGGCCUCCUGGCUGAAGGUGAUACCCAUCAAAAGUUGACCUCGAAGCUGUUGCAAUCUCUUCACUCGGAAAUCGAAACUAUGAUAUGGAGUGCUGCAGUUGACCUGAAAGACCUGGUGCUGAUGACCUUAGUGAUCUUGUAUCAUCUGCAUUGCGCUCGGUGGAGACUGGCAUGGAGAUUCACGAUGAAUGUCAGCCGGAUUAUACUUGAGUUGGGGUUGAAUCGGAAAAUGGUCCUUGAUCGCUCUUUCCCGGACAUUAAGAGCCGAUCGCAGGCAAUCAACACCGUUUGGACGGUCUUUGUUCUCGAGCAGCAUCUCAGUUAUGCCUUGGGCUUCUCUAAUGCGAUGCAAAACCUCCAUCCGGAGCCGAACUUUCCUCAGCCGGUCGAAGCUCCCUUUUUGCAGCUCAUGAUUGAGUAUGCAAGCAUCGGAAAACAGUCCUGCGAUGCCCUCCUGAACGACAAGAUCCUGAACCCUGAGCAACUCUCGACCUUCCAAGAUGACUAUGCUUAUUUUCUCUACAGAGUUAAUCUGUGGGCGAGUCGGGCUUGCGACAAUUUCGAAACCCUAACUCUUGGUGAGAGUUCCAGUCCAGGACUAAAAAUGGUUCGUACGACUCUAUACAUACGAGCCAACCAUCUCCGGACGCUGAUUGCUCGAGCUUUCCUUUGCUCUGGCUUGCGCAAUGCGGCGCCCUCGGAUAUCUGGACUACCUCGGUGGGCAUUGCCGCGGACACGGUCAAAGUUCUCACUCAGCUGGAUUCUUUCAAGAGCGAAUACCUUUUCCACCAGGCGCAAUUCAAUCACUUCCUCAUUUCUGCCUUGGACGUCCUACUUUUCGCCACUACGCAUAAGUCAUCUGGCGUGGGGUCGCCUUCCGCGAACGGAGAGGAGCUUUCUGUCCCCGCUGAUAUCGCCCAAAAAGCUCGUCAGAGCUCGAUAGUUGCACUGGCCCGUCUCCAGACGUUGGCUGAGACAUCGGUUCAGUCAAAGUACCUGUGGGAAAGAGUUCGAGGUGUAGCCUCGCGUCUCAAUUUUUCUGACCACGUCUUCGCUGCAACAGGCCUUGAGGCCGAAGUUCUCCCUACGUCCGUCACCGGAAUCGAAGCUUUCGAAGACACAAAGACCGUCACUGAAACUGCAAUCGGCCUCAACUCGCUGCCACUCACCGAGUUUGGCCCAAGUAACGGCGAAAAUGGGCUGAUUUUCCCAUUCCUGUCCGAGGACCCGACCGUAUGGGAAUUUCAGCUGCCACCUUCUUCGGAACCCGACUUUGGCUUGCCUCAAGACCUUGGGACCUUGGUCAACAAUUUGUGGAUGCCUUGA